AUGCGAAGGAAGCAAAGUUUACUUUUUUACAGAAAGGGAAGACAGAAAGAGGAAACUAAUCAUUAUCUAUCUAUCUAUCUAUCUAUCUAUCUAUCUAUCUAUCUAUCUAUCUAUCUAUCUUAUUCUCUUCAUCUAUCUAUCUAUCUAUCUAUCUAUCUAUCUAUCUAUCUUCAUCUAUCUAUCUAUCUAUCUAUCAAUCACUUUAAGAAAGAGGAAACUAAUCAUUAUCUAUCUAUCUCUAUCUAUCUAUCUAUCUAUCAUAUUCUCUUCAUCUAUCUGUUGAAACAGGAAACUAAUCAUUUCUAUCUAUCUAUCUAUCUAUCUAUCUAUCUAUCUAUCUAUCUAUCUAUCUAUCACUCUGUUCACAUUUAUCUGUUUAUGUUGAAAGUUCCUUCUCUCUCUCUUUCUCUCUCUCUCUCUCUCUCAUUUUCCCCUGCCUCUUCUAGUUACUCACAUUUUAUAGAUCAACUCUCUUCCCUACUUUAA